AUGCCACUGCCUCCCGCUCUUGCCGCUCCCCUUUUUGACUCAAGAUCCGCCUUCUUGGCCUUCGUCCUCAUCGCCGUGUUUUUCUUCCUGAGGUCCGACAACCUCCCCUUCGGCUUUGGGGGCGACAGACCUGACCGCCCAAGCCUUCAGUAUGCGCCCGCCUGCGACCAGGCGGUAAACCACCUCCGCAAGCCCUCGUACGAGUUGACGAGAGAGGUCAUUUACCAGAAGCGAUGUAUUCGCCCAGUCAUUGACAGAAGCGUCGAUCGAACUCGCAUGACCAACAUCGGCCAGCCGCUUGUAGGCGAGGGACAGCUCAUCCAUCUGGAUAAGAAAUGUGCCGGGUGGGAAGAACCGACCUGUGAGCCCAUCAAGCUCAACGUGCCUCCGGCGUAUCCCACCAUGGAUUAUUCGCAUAUGAUCUUCGGUGUCGCAACCAGCCUUGAGCGCUUGGCCGAGUCUAUGGUCCAAUUCGAGAGCUGGAUGGCCUACUCUGGUGCUAGCUUGCUAGCAGUCAUAAUCGACGCCAAACCCAAACCCAACGCGAAGGAAGAUGCAAAAUUUGAGAAAGUGGCACGAGAGUUCCGCCAACACGGAAUUGAUGUCACCCUGACUAGACCCUGGAACACCUCCGUCACCCAAAACGAGCAACACUUCACAAUUGUCCGCGACCUUCUCCGACACACCACCCCAGAAACUAAAUGGGCCGCCAUUGUGGAUGACGACACUUUCUUUCCGUCGCUCUACCCCUUGGGAGAGAUCUUGGACAAGCACGACCACACAGUUUCAGCAUACUUAGGCGGGCUGUCCGAUAACUAUGACGCAGUCAAGCAUCACGGUUUCAUGGCCUUUGGAGGCGCUGGCGUCUUCCUGAGUAUUAGCCUCCUACGGGAGCUAGAUCCCCAUAUUGAAACUUGUUUAGGUGAAGAGCAUGUGCCUCAGGGAGAUGGUCUUCUCAAGGCUUGCAUCUACGGCAAGACGAAGACGGAGCUUACCGUUAUCCAGGGACUCCACCAACUGGACAUGGGCCCUGAUUUGAGCGGCCUUUAUGAGUCGGGAACACUUCCCAUAAGCCUUCAUCACUGGAAAUCUUGGCACCACGCCCCGGUCGAUGAGAUGGUCAAGAUUUCCGAGUUUUGCGGGAGCUGCUUCCUGCAGCGAUUUAGAUUCGGAGCGGACACGAUCCUCUCGAACGGUUUCAGCAUUGCCAGGUAUCCAGAGGGGACCAACAGUGUCAAUUUGACCCAGAUGGAGGGCACAUUCGACGGAUACCCGGGAUUUGAGUGGAGUCUGGGACCCAUGCGCGAGCCCCUAGAUCGCUUCCACAAGAAGAGCUACCGGCUCAUCGAGUCGGAGAAGGUGGGGAGGAAUCUACGACAAAUAUUUGUCCACCGGGUGGAAGACGACCUACCCAGUCGGCGUGAGAUCGAGGCAGCGGGCGGGGCAAAGAUCCCCCAUCCGAAGAUCUCAACAAUGAGAGACGAGGUUGUGGAGCUGUGGUGGGAGUGGUGAGCGAGUGACAUCUCGCAUCACACGCCUCGCAUAUAGACGGAGAGUGUACGUACAAAACAUACGACAGAUGAUAACUGCCAUGUGGGACUGGCCUAGACGGACCGCCUGCAACGGCUAGAUAAUGCUAAUUAACGACUUAUUUUCCCUAUCUAAACAAACUAAGCCAAAGGGUGUCAACCAGUGCCGCUUGAUUCGCCCACGCC